AUGACACUCUUAUGUCUUGGGAAUGCCUUGACUGCACCGAAACCCCCAGGUCUUCUUGUCACCAUGCCCUCCGCAGCAGACGUCGUCCUCCUUUCGUCGACCCCAGAUCAUAAGUCUACUUGCACGCCGCAGCAGGUUUCGCGUCAUUCCGAGAAUCUGACUGAGAUGUCACUGCAAUUCGACUCCCCUGCUUCGCUCCCGUCGCCGUCAGAGCUAUUCUGGCAAUUGCAUAGUCCUGCGAACGUAUCGCCACAAAACACAGAGAAGGAUGCAACGAGAAAGGAGACAGGUAAUCGCGCGGCAGAUAAAUCAGCAUCAAAUGAGAAAGCAGAAAACAGACCAAAACGAGCGAGGAGGAGGAUAACGGACGAGCUACAAACGGUUCUCACGCAUGUAGAGCCCGCCGCUCUCAGAUCCAAUGAAAAUGCCUCUAAGAAAGCUCCGAAGACGAGAACGAAACGGCCGAAUACCAACGCUGAAAGGAAACGUGAAGGGUCUAAGAAUAAGACGCUGACAGGGAAGGUUUCGAAAGCGGGCAGUGCGGAUCCACAGCAGUCUGAUGCGAACCACCCAUCGUCUUCGAAGUCGUUGUCGCAGGGAGGCGCAACAAAGGGCUUGAAUGAUUGGGAGGCUAGUGGGCUACAGUUGGAGGAAGCUACGGCACGAAGACUAGAUUGGACGCCUGCCAAGGAUACCGGGAAGCAAAUAUUUGAUCUAAAGGGUGGUGGAGACACAGGAGGCAGUCAAGCGUCGGGAGCGACACAGAACUUCAGUAAUCUUUUGGCAGGAUAUGGUUUUACUGGGAAUGUGUCCACUCAGCCUAGCACUCAGGGAAACGAGGAUGGCGGUGGCCCGACAAAGCGAAAACGAAUAGAUGUACGGUCCAGUAAUAAUCGAAUUUCUGCAAUAUAUACUAACAUUCUACAGAUAAUGGAUUCUCGGAUUCAAGCGGGCUCUAAACCUAGUGCCAAAGACAGAGACUCCGUCGACAAGGAGAGCCAGCAGAAGCCCAAGAAGCAAACUAAGAAAUUCACGACCCUUACUGCACGUGUGACAGCACGCUACGCUCCCGACUAUACAGAAGAUUCGGGCAACGGAAGUUUACAUACCACAGAUACGCGAGGCCGGACCGAUGAUGAAAAUGCCGGCCGCAGGCGAAAGUCUAGGGCCAAAAAGAAACCGCAAGAGUCAGAGUUCAUCGUUUUGUCACCAGAAGUUGCGGUAAAAUCUCUCGAGGACCAGGAUCUCAUGUUUGGCACCUGCAGUCAGUUAGAGCGGGAAGAUUCACCGACAACAUUAAGAGAUGUGCAAACAGCCAUCAGUGAAUCGGAGAGCUACAUGGCUCCAAUGCCAAAACCUAGUACUAACAGAACUUCAUCUGGUUCUACGAUAUCACGCUUCACAAGUCCGAGGAAUCUAUGGUCUGAAGCCUCCAGAGAUUUGCACGGGGCUCUGGCCCAAGCAGAAGUCUUGGAUUUGGUUGAAGACUCGGACUUAUCUAAAAUCUCUCCUAGGGUCGAUCGCGAGAGAUAUGAUGCUCUACAGCGGAAAACUCCAAAGGUGGUCGGUCAACCAGUCAAUACUACGCAUGAAAAAGAAGCCUCUAUACUGAAUGGGAACUCUGACGUGCUCGAGAAUUCGUCACAAGUCUCAGGCGCCAAUGCAGAUCAACAAAGUACUUCCGUGGCAGUAGAGUCGUGCCCUCAAAUGCCACAAUAUAAUGCAUUCACUGAGGCCGAACUGUCCCAACAGGUCGCUUCAUACGGCUUCAAGGCUGUGAGAGGUCGCCAGAAUAUGAUUAAUUUGCUGCAAAAAUGCUGGGAGUCGAGGCAUGGCACGAGAGCAACUUCUUAUGGUAAUAGACAGCAGGAUGUAUCGGCACUAACCAAGCCACCGGAAACCAGCAAGGAUAGCAAAGAUACUGAUACCUCUAAUAAGACCUCUGGAUCGAAGUCUAAGUCGAAAGCCAGAUCUACUGCGAAUCCAGCUACAGCAAAUGACGCAUCAACCAAACCUCCUGCUAGGAGACGCCAAGGCUCUUCUCGUCCACCAUCCAAUCCAUCACAGAAGCCAAGAGAGGGCAGCGUGUCGCAACAACAAAAGCCACCCUACCAGCAAAAACCAUCCUACGCAGUCGUGGAAGAAAUCCAAGAUUCCGAGGACGAAGCAAUCCCUUCACCAACCCAGCUCCUAAGCCGCUACUUCACUCAUCCCAAACCCAGUAGUCAGCCCCUGCCAGUCUCACCAACUCCGUCAUCAACACGCCGCGCGCCUUCUAACCCUAAUGCAAUAACAGCAAUCCUUGGAAACCCCAAAGAAAACGACGAACCCGACCUAGCCACUCAAAUCACCAAGGCCGUGCGCGCACAGCCUAAUAUGUCUUCUUCCGUUGGCAGCCACAAGUCUCCCAGCUGGCAUGAGAAGAUCCUCAUGUAUGAUCCUAUCGUUCUCGAGGAUUUCACCACAUGGUUGAAUACAGAAGGACUAGGAUUCGUUUCUGAGGAUCGGGAGGUUGGUGCUGCACUAGUUAGGGAGUGGUGCGAGAGUAAUGGUAUCUGCUGCUGCUAUAAGAAUAAGUCUUGGUAA